CUCCCCGGAACCCGCGGGCGUGCAGCUGCGGUUCCGGUCGGAGUUGCUCCUCUGCACACAUCGACAUGGCUGCGCCCAUAGCAAGGGGUGUUCGGGAGCUGCUGAAGGUUGUGGACUUUGCGCAGGUCCCACGGAGACAUCGAUAUAAGAAGAAGUGGGCUACCACAGAACCCAAAUUCCCUGCUAGUCGACUGGCUCUGCAGAAUUUUGACAUGACCUACAGUGUACAGUUUGGGGAUCUUUGGCCAUCAAUUCGUGUUAGUCUUCUCUCAGAGCAGAAGUAUGGUGCAUUGGUCAAUAAUUUUGGGGCUUGGGAUAAUGUGAGUACUAAUCUGGAGCAGCUAAGUGCCAGGGACUUUGUGAAUGAAGCCAUCUCUCGCUGGGAACUGGAGCCGAAGAAUGACCUUUCUUCAACUCCAUCCCCAGGCUGCAGUCCAAACCUUCGAUGCUUCACUUUUUCCAGAGGGGAUAUCAGCCGUUUCCCUCCUGCCAGACUUAGCAGCCUAGGUCUCCUGGACUACUACCUGAUGGACGCUGCCUCCUUGCUGCCUGUCCUGGCUCUUGGCCUGCAGCCUGGAGACACUGUGCUUGACCUGUGUGCAGCUCCUGGGGGGAAGACACUCGCAUUACUUCAGACUGGCUGUUGCCGCAAUCUAGCUGCCAACGAUCUCUCCACUUCCCGAACAGGCAGACUACAAAAGGUCCUUCACAGCUAUGUGCCUCAAGCUAUCAGGGAAGGGAAUCAAGUUCGAGUCACCUCAUGGGAUGGCAGGAAGUGGGGAGAACUAGAAGGGGACACCUAUGACCGGGUGCUGGUAGAUGUACCUUGUACCACCGACCGCCACUCCCUGCAUGAGGAAGAGAACAACAUUUUUCAGCGGUCGAGGAAGAAGGAGCGACAGAUGUUGCCUAUGCUGCAGGCGCACCUUCUGGCGGCUGGACUCCUUGCCACCAAACCAGGAGGUCAUGUUGUCUAUUCCACUUGUUCAUUGUCACACUUACAGAAUGAGUAUGUGGUGCAAGGUACCAUCGAGCUUCUAGCCAAUCAGUAUAGCAUCAAGGUUCAAGUGGAAGACCUGUCUCACUUCCGAAAGCUUUUCAUGGACACAUUCUCUUUCUUCCCAUCCUGCCAAGUUGGGGAGCUUGUAAUACCAAAUCUGAUUGCUAACUUCGGGCCUAUGUAUUUCUGCAAGAUGCAUAGGUUGCCCUAGCAUCACCCUGUCUCUGAAGUGGGAAGAUAUAGACUCUGCUGUAAGCAUUAAAACUGCGACCAGUGGUAGAGAUGCACUCUGGGUCCUAUCUCCAUCCUGUUUGAUUUUCUGAAGAUAGUUUUAAGCAGUAGGAGGUAGAACUGCUGUCCAGUUUUGGAUUAUCAAUAGGUUUCUAACUCACUCUCUUCCCACCCCUAUCUCCUAGCAUAGAGGGUUAGAAGAAAUCAGUGAAUAAACCCAUAGUUUAUUUAAGCUGUAAACUUGGGAAGAAACAUUUAGCUAAUAAAAUUGUUGAUGUGAUAUAGAGCUGAGCUUAUAGCUGGGGACUUGAUGUUAGUCUAUAUACCAUUAUAGCUGGGUAUGGUGGCUCACACCUUUAAUUCCAGUGCUUGGGAGGCAGAGGCAGGCAGAUCUCUAUGAGUUUGAGGCCAGCCCGGUCUACAUAGCGAAUUCCAGGCCAGCUGGGGCUACAGAGCGACCCCGUUUCAAAACAACCAAAAAAAAGAAAAGAAAACAACAAAAAAAUACCAUUAUAGUGCUAUUUGUUUCAGCUGUAGCUGCUGAAUACUUGCUCCCAAGUGCCAAACCCAAGCCCUCAUCCUGGCUACAGGACUCUGGAUACAAAGCCCCUCUCACCCUUGAGGUGAAUUCCAUUUAAUCAGCUGACAGGCCUAAGCAGCCUCCCUAGUUUCUCCAUAUGGCACAUUGAUCUAAUUUAAGGAGCAAGUAAUUAAAAAUGUUAAGCUAAUGCCUGAUAAUCUCCUUAUGUUGAGAAAACUUUCCUGAACUGAAUAAUUGUGGCCAUUCCUUCUGCCAAAUGUGACUAGAAAGACUGCUUAUGGCUAUGGGGUAUCAUAUUUUGUGUGUGUUAUUCUUGCAUUCCUUCAUCUACAGCAAGUAUCCUGUGAGCUCCUGCAUGCCAGCUAGGAAGCUGACAGAGAUGUAUUUGGGACUAGGGGAAAUAAUCAGGCCUCUUCAUUGUCAGAAGGACAACCUACUUCCUUCUGUUUUCUCAUUACCUAGGAAUCUCCUAAUGUUUUAUUUCAAAUGUUUUGUUCUAAUUUCUAGUCUAUGUCCCGGCUCUGGUACCUGUUCUUGGCCUACCUCUAAAUUUUUCUGAGCUCUUCCUGGAGCAUAGCAGGGCUUUACCUCACACAAUGUGUGUUAGGAGUGGCAUUACAUAGUGUACUGGCUACAUGCUGGUUAUUCUGUAAUAUUUGCCAAAAUAAGGUAAUCUUAGCCAGGUGUGGUGACACACACCUUUAGUCCCAGCACUUGGGAGGCAGAGGCAGGCGGAUCUCUGUGAGUUCAAGGCCAGCCUGGUCUACAUAGUGAGUUCCAGGACAGCUGGGGCUACAGGGAGACUCUGUCUCAAAAACAAACAAAUAAACACACGCAAAAAGAUCAAGAAGGUAAUCUUUAGUAGCAGGGGAUAUUAAACAUUGCUUGUAGUCCACCCUGCAUAUAAUAUUUUUUUUUAAUUUUCCAAAAAAUAGACCUAUGAACCCUUGACUAUUUCUUGGAUCUUCCUACUUUCUUUAUCCUUCCCUUUCUUGUCAUUCUUUUUGUCUUUUAUGCCAGUCUGUAUUUUGGGUAUUAGAGGUAUCCAUUGAGAAGGACCGUAGCUGAGGUUAGGCCAUCUCCUUUCUUGGGAUUUGUAUUACAAGUGAGAACCCUGGAAGAUCUUUGAGAUUUCAAAUCAAGUGAAGCCAGGAAGACAGAACGCCAAGGAACUUGGCUGGUGCUCUGAGUAGGCCCCUACCUACCCAUUAUUCGUGGUGUAUGAUCCUUGCCUGCUAUUUACUCUGUACUUAAUAUUGCUGAGGCUGAGAGAUCUUUGGUGCCUGGGUUUCUGCCCAUAACCUCUUGGAUAUCCAACCUGAUGCAAAUUGAAUGCUACGUAAUAAUCACUGAAGUGGAAUAGGGUCUACUGGCCCUUGGGUCACAGUCUAAUGAGGAUAGACAAGAUUAGGUAAGAAAAACAGAACUACUGUAUUAAGCAAGGUUCUUUAAAGCAACAUAACCAAUAGAAAAACUAUAUAUAUGGAUUUAUUGGAUGAGAUAGAGACUGGGUAGUCCAGCUAUGGCCAUCGGCAUACUGAUGCGGCAGAGAGCUAGCUUCCAGAGGACAAUUUAGCAGUCUCAAUCCAACACUGAGGCUCAGAAGCUGUCUGGAGAGUUGUGAUACUGGAUUAGUGUUGAGGAGCUGAAGGAUCAGUCUAAUGACUGGGCAGCAGCGAACACAAAGUGGAACAGAAAGAGGCUUGCUAGGUGGAGGGAUGCCUUCCUUACACUUCCCUUCUUCAUCUGGGCAAUUCGUCCUUUUAAUGGUCUCGCUCCUGUUUAAAGUGGAUCUUCUUCUCCCAAGUCACUGUUCCACAAAUGCACAAGUGUUUCAUCAGUCCAAGGCAUCUCUUAAUCCUGUCAUGUUGCCAACUCAGACCAACCAUCAUAACUACUUUGGAAAACAGUUUAUCUCCUGUAAUUGAACAUUUACCCAUCCUAUAACUCAGUUACUCUAGUACUAAGGAUAAAUUCAAGAGAAACUCAUUCAUGCAUAUGAGGGUAUCCGUUAAGGAUCUCCUAGCAGUCCUGCUCACAAAGGCAAGAGCCUGGAAACAGUUCCAAAUGCCAAUAAGCAAAAGAGUGGAUGAAUAAACUAGAAUAUCCUCACAAUGGUCUAUUAUACAAGUGUUUUAACAUUUAUAUAGUGCUGGAGUUCAUUAAUUUUAAAUGUGUUUAGUGAGUUUUUUAUUUAAUAAUAUAGCAUGAUCACCAUCAAGAUAUUGAAAAUAAGCUAGGAGUGGGGGCAUAGGCCUUUAAUCCUAGCACUUGGGAGGUGAGGCAGGUGGAAUCUCUAUGCCAGCCUGGUUUACAUAGGCUACAGGCUAGCUGGGGCUUCCUUGUUGGGAGGCUGUAUGUAGAGAGAUGGCUCAGUGGUUAAGAGCACUUGCUGUUCUUGCAGAAGACCCAGGUUGGGUUCCUAGUACCCACAUGGUGGCUAACACAAAUCCUUAAGUAGUUCCAGGGAAUCCAACACCCUC